CAGUAUAUGUAUGUAGUAAUUUAACGAAAGGCGUUUCAGUGCGUUAUCAUGCCGAUAAUAAUGCCAAGGUCAUUAAAAUAUACUCGAUUUUCAACAUAACCAGUUGUAACACUUAGCAGCACGUAAUCCGUUUAAAUGAAGUACCACCACAUAAAAACGGCAGUGUUACUCAUAUUGACACCGCAUAUACUCCACGUCGACGCCAUGGAUUCGUUCGUCGGUGCCGUCUAUGAACAUAACGUCACGUAUCCUGCGGAUAGAGGCACGCUGGUCACACGUCGUCAAGCGCUGAACGUUAUGUUUAAAAACCUCGCCGUGUUCGCAGAGCAGGCUAACUUGGCGGCUAGCAGGAAUGCACAGAUAAUCGUUUUCCCUGAGUAUGGAAUAUACGGACUGGGCUGGACUAGACAGACCAUGUUGCCCUACUUGGAAUACAUACCUGACCCAGCAGCGAGCACGUGGAACCCGUGCAACAGUUCGAAACCAUUCGACUCUGAGGUUCAAACUGAACUCAGCUGCAUCGCAAAGACCCACUCCAUCUAUUUGGUCGCCAACAUGGGCGCAACGUUACCAUGUCAGCCCGGCGAUACGUUAUGCCCCGAUGACCACCGUUAUCAAUACUGCAGCAACGUAGUAUAUGCUCCAAAUGGCGACUUUAUCGCCCGCUAUUUCAAAUACAAUCUCAAUAAAGAAGAGUUUAGCUAUUUUGACAAACCCGCAGUCGUCAACUACACAAAGUUUACCACUCCGUUUGGAACAUUCGCAACUUUUUGUUCCAAUGAUAUAAUGCACGAGGAGCCUACGGUUACAUUGAUUAAGAAGAUGAAUAUCACCAACAUUGUCUUCCCGUCGGCCUGGAGGGAGCAACUUCCGCUCAUGUCGGCCAUUGAAUUCCACUCAGCGUUCGCAGAAGGCAUGCUGAUAAACCUCCUGGCGGCAAAUUUACACCUGCAACCGCUGGGUUAUUAUGGCAGCGGACUGUAUUGGCCGACAGGUACGUCAGUCAACGCAAGCUACUAUUACAACGACGCCGUCGGCAGCGGUGGCUCUCUCGUCGUUGACAAGCUGACGCCAUUUAUAAUUCCACCAAGAAGAACAAUGCCAAUUCAGUAUAAAAGGCAACACGAUGUCUUUAGUAGAAACAAAGACAAAGUGGACGUAAACCUUACUCAGAAAAUCAGUAUCAACGGUGACCUAUCCACGUCUGUCCUUAUCAACGGUGACCUAUACACGACUGUCCUUAUCUCAGAUGACGCUGGAAUGAAAACGGUUUGUCAACGGACGCUUUGUUGCUCAGUGCAAUACGAGGGCGGAUUCAGCGCGUCCCUUUACGCGUUUGGUGCCUUCGACGGUAUGCACACCGCAGACGACACGUAUUAUCUACAGGCCUGCGUUUUGAUCAAGUGCGCCAAUAACACCGCGGAGAGCUGCGGACAACCGACGAAGCAAGCCGAAAGUUAUGUAGACAAGAUGGGGAUGCAGGGAAACUUCUCAACACCAUAUCAGUACCCGGAAGUGCUCACGAUCAUCGACGGGAAGCCUAGCCUGGUGACAGAGAUCUGGUUGUACCAAGGAUCCAUAAUCAUUGACGUCGGUCUCUAUGGGGCGGCACUCACGGUCGGAAUAAUGGCUCGUGAUUAUAACAAAGACUCGCGAUAAUUGAUAUUCAUUUUGAUGGGAAUACAGACUCGUGAUUAGUUUCAUAUUGUAUUUAAAGAAACACAUAAUAUAAGUAUAAAUAUAAUAUAUUAUUCAUUCUUACCACUAUAUACUAUUUCAAUUUUAACUAAAGUAAUGAAAAACUUAGUAUACUGAAUCAUUAAAUAUUUUAUAUCGAUGUUUGCUACCCGGCAAAGCGAAUGGCUAACGGGGCACCAUUAGGGCAUGGAUAAGUGUUGCCGUUUUAUGCCUGUUUAAAAGGAUAUAGUGAAUUAGUCACUGAUUUGAUAUAUGAUAUAGCAUUUAUAAUGUCAUGUUUAAUUUGUAUAAUAACCAUUAUUAAGUCAAAUCGUCAAGUAGCAAUCCUUUAUAAAUGAACGCCAUGUGAGUAACUUCUUUAUCUACAAUUUCUUAGAUUGGGGAAUUUGCAUUUUUUCUAAAACGGCAAAGCCCACAGCUUCAGCAGUUCGUAUGUUACUAUCUAACAUUAUACUGUAAUUCUAUCUAGUUUGUUCAACGCCUUAUGUCACAACUGGCAACGGGUUCGGCUCAUAUGAUUUAUAAAGAGUUGUGUAGCAAAAUAA